GGGGACUUUCAAGUUCACUCAGUCGGCAAACUAUUGCGCAACCAUGAAGGAAUGCACAGUGUAUAUAUAACUGGACACGGUGUGAAUUAUAUUGGGAUUUAUCUGAUAUAUCACACAAAUCAAUUGAAUUGGUCGAUGAUAAUGUUGCAUACACUGGUGGUCUAGCUCAAAGCGCGCGUCCGGGGAACAGAUUAUUUCAUGGAUUUGCGUGCAGCAGCGAGAGAGAAGACGGAGAGAGCUAGCGACGUGCUUGUGUAUUGUCACUGGAAGAAACAGCGGCAAAGAGCAGUGCAGAUCGACGAUUAUUCCAAUUGAAGGUCUUGCUUGACUUGUGCUACUGGGCCAUUGGACGUUCUUUGUGAAGAAACACUGAAUGCUUUCAAUAGGCAGUCUCUUCUUUCAUUGGAGAGAGAAGACCAUAGCUGUGCUGGGGGAAACGGUGGAAAAUCUAGCCUGAUGAUCACAGCCCUCCAGUGGGAACAGACCUAGACAGAGGAGGCUGACUAGGUGGAUCCCAUAGCCAGACAGGGUGCACUCCUCUGGGGGAUGGAAGCAGCAGGAUUCCCCUGUGAGUGCCACAGAUCUCCAUGGUGUGAUUGUGUAGAAGAAGAAGAAUAGCCCUGCUGUUAUCUCAUCCCUCCUUUCCUCUCUUCAUCCCUCUCUCCCCCUCCCCUACUCAUUGAGGAUGAGAGUGAGGUGGGACUACACAUCACCUGCAAUAGCAGACUCACACAGAGAGAGGGUCAUGCCUAGGUCACUCUUCCUCUUGCUUCUCUUCCUCUCAUCCCUCUGCUCCACCUGUCUGUCCAUCCAUGCGGAGACAGCAGAGAGCCACAGUACGUUUACAUGUGAGCCAGUAGGACUGCGGAUGUGCCAGGACCUGCCUUACAAUGCCACCUUCAUGCCCAACCUCCUCAACCACUACGACCAGCAGACGGCCGCACUCGCCAUGGAGCCCUUCCACCCCAUGGUGAACCUGCAGUGUUCGGAGGACCUGAGGAUGUUUCUGUGUGCCCUCUACGCUCCAGUCUGUAUGGAGUAUGGCCGCGUGUCCAUGCCCUGCCGAGCCCUGUGCCACCGCGCCAAGAGAGACUGCCACAAACUCAUGGAGAUGUUUGGGGUGUCCUGGCCAGACGAGACAGAGUGUAGCAGGUUCCCAGACUGUGACGAGCCCUACCCCCGUGCGGUGGACCUCCAGACCAGUGCAAAUCCCACCGAUAUCUCUCCCAUGUCUGUCCAGAGGGAUUUCGGCUUCUGGUGCCCCCGCAAGCUCAAAAUGGAACCCGACCUGGGCUACUCAUUCCUGGGCGUGAGGGAGUGCUCGCCCCCCUGCCCCAACAUGUACUUCCAGCGCCCGGAACUCACCUUUGCCCGCUACUUCAUCGGCGUGGUUUCCAUCGUCUGUCUCUCGGCAACACUCUUCAGCUUCCUCACUUUCCUCAUCGACGUCACGAGGUUCCGUUACCCGGAGCGGCCAAUCAUCUUCUACGCCGCUUGCUACAUGAUGGUGUCGCUUGUGUUCUUCCUGGGCUUCCUAUUGGAGGACAGGGUGGCUUGCAACGCGGCGAGCCCCACCCAGUACCGGGCGGCCACCAUCACACAGGGCUCCCACAACAAGGCGUGCACGCUGCUGUUCAUGGUGCUCUACUUCUUCACAAUGGCGGGAAGCGUGUGGUGGGUCAUCCUCACCAUUACCUGGUUCCUGGCGGCCGUGCCCAAGUGGGGCAGCGAGGCCAUCGAGAAGAAGGCCCUUCUCUUUCACACCUGUGCCUGGGGCCUGCCCGGCUGCCUCACCGUGGCCCUGCUGGCCCUCAACAAGAUCGAGGGCGAUAGCGUGAGUGGCGUGUGCUUCGUGGGCCUCUACGACGUCACGGCGCUGCGCUGGUUCCUGCUGGCGCCACUCUGCCUCAACGUGGCGGUGGGUGUGGCUCUGCUUCUGACGGGGAUCGUGGCACUUAACCGUGUGCGUAUGGAGAUCCCUCUGGAGAAGGAGAACCAGGACAAGCUGGUGAAGUUUAUGAUCCGUAUCGGGGUGUUCUCUGUGCUUUACCUGGUGCCCCUGCUUACGGUCAUCUCCUGCUACCUGUAUGAACACAGUUACAGGUCUGUCUGGGAGACCACCUGGGUCCAGGAGCGCUGCAGAGACUACCACAUACCCUGUCCCUUCCAGGUUGAGCAGACCAGUCGUCCAGACCUGGCCCUGUUCCUCAUUAAGUACCUGAUGAUGCUGGUGGUGGGGAUUCCCUCAGUUUUCUGGGUGGGCAGCAAGAAGACCUGCUUCGAAUGGGCCAGCUUCCUACACAGACGCAGAAACAAAGAUAGUGGGGUGAAUGAGAGCAGACAGGUGCUCCAGGAGCCAGACUUUUCCCAGUCUCUACUGAGGGACCCCCACACCCCCAUCAUCAGGAAAUCACGGGGAACCUCCACCCAGGGCAACUCCACCCAUGCCUCCUCCACUCACCUGGCCAUCCUGGACGAGCCUGACGACCCUAGACACGCCCCUGAUGACCGCAGACCAAUCCACUCACUGGGCCACACCUCCUCCACCCGCAGCAAGGCUGGCAGCGUGCACAGCAAGACCAGUUACCAUGGCAGUCUACAUCGCUCCCGAGACGGACGCUACACCCCCUGUAGUUACCGAGGCGGUGAGGAGCGCAGUCUACCCCCCCACGGCAGCACUCCCCGCCACGACCACAUGCUGUCCACUCACAGCAGCCUCCACGGUCUGGAUGCCCAAUCACAGCACAGCAGCCAGUGUGAUCUCUCCGUGGCCACACCCACCCUUAUCACCCACGGGACGAGCUUCGGCCGCGUCACUAAUAAUGGUGACAAUGGAGCCAGCGCCUGACCGGAAACAGGAAAUUAUGUCAUCACUGCUGAACAGGAAGUUGUCAGUUGUCCCGCUCCCCACCUUCGACAUACACACAGGUCCAUCCCAUUCAGGAGGAAUGUGUGAGAGAGGAAGUGGGGCCUUCAGUUUGACUGACAGAUGGAUCACUCCUGGACAGCUUUUCACAGAGGUUGCUAAGUAGCGAGAUGCUAACCCUCAAUCAGUCAGUUGGACUUGGAUUGCACUCUCUAUAGAGGGAAUGGCUUCAUGGCCAGAAAGCCAGCCUACUAUGAAUGAGGGGGAUUGUGUGUGUACUCUGAUACACACCAAGAGACCCAGAGAUGAGCUGAUAAGGUCUACUCUGUGUGUGUGUUACAGUGCUCUUUUGCUGUGGUUGUGAAACAAGACUAUUAUAUUUUUUUAUACUGUGAAGAUUGGCUGUGAGUACUGCUGAAAAUAUGAGCGUGCGUGUACUUGUAGUGCAGUACUAUACUCCCACCUGGUGGAGAGAAACUAUAGAAGCUAGGAGAGAUCAAUGCCUAGGCCCGACUUCCUAGGCACUCCUGUAGGUCAGUAAGGAUGAAUAGGGUUCAAUAAUAAGGUCAUUUCUUCAACUUGUCUUAUGAUAUGAUAGGUGAAAAACAUUUGAGGCCGAUUGCUUCAGAAGUGCGUAGAGAAUAGUUGCUAGGGAUCGAUUUGGGAUUCAGAAAGUUAGGGAAAAAAUAGGGAAGGACAGAUGGAGGUUGGAGUAGUGCUUAUUUUGCUGCUGCUUCAGAGCUAAGCAGAGAGGAAUGUGGGGGACUUUUUAAAGGGGAUGGGAGGGGGGUUGUAUCCGAAGUCUUUGCUAUUGACAAGCGCUGUGUGAAACAACAGAGGAUCUGUACCCCUAACACUGGAAGAAAGGACUACUGGAAGAAUACACUGGGGAGGAGGAGGAAUACACUGGGGAGGAGGAGGAAUAUACUGGGGAGGAGGAGGAAUACACUGGGGAGGAGGAGGAAUACACUGGGGAGGAGGAGGAAUAUACUGGGGAAGAGGAGGAAUAUACUGGGGAGGAGGAGGAAUACACUGGGGAGGAGGAGGAUUACACUGGAGAGGAGGAGGAAUACACUGGGGAGGAGGAGGAAUACACUGGGGAGGAGGAGGAAUACACUGGGGAGGAGGAGGAAUAUACUGGGGAGGAGGAGGAAUACACUGGGGAGGAGGAGGAAUAUACUGGGGAGGAGGAGGAAUACACUGGGGAGGAGGAGGAAUAUACUGGGGAGGAGGAGGAAUACACUGGGGAGGAGGAGGAAUACACUGGGGAGGAGGAGGAAUACACUGGGGAGGAGGAGGAAUACACUGGGGAGGAGGAGGAAUACACUGGGGAGGAGGAGGAAUACACUGGGGAGGAGGAGGAAUACACUGGGGAGGAGGAGGAGGAAAAAAGGAAAAUUGAUAAUAUGGGAAAGAUUGUGCUUGUGUUUACUGGUGUUUCUCCUGUCUUUCUGUAUCCGUCUCUCACUCACACACAUAAAACUGCAGUAGUCUUUUCCAUUAUGGUCAUCAGGUGAUUUUCUCACAACCCCUCAAAAUCUCUCAGCCUAGCUCACCCCUACCCUCAGCCUUACCUGUGAACAAACACACACGCAAACCUACAUACACACACGCACUCCAAUGUACACUAAACCCUCCCUUGCCUCUAACCCAGCCUACCUCAUCAGUCCAGAGGUACCUUAAACCACACCUGCCACUCCUCAGUCACCUCAGACUGCUGCUAUUGUGUGUCUUUGUAAUACACUGCUGCUCGUGUGUGUGUGUGUGUGUGUGUGUGUGUGUGUGUGUGUGUGUGUGUGUGUGUGUGUGUGUGUGUGUGUGUGUGUGUGUGUGUGUGUGUGUCAGGACACUGUCAAUCUCUGGAGUUCUUCUUUGGUGUUUUUCCACCUGAUGCCUAAUACUUUACCCAUGAUGCUUCACCACACAUCAAGGACGUGUCCACUGGGCACCUCAAGAUGCAACACGUUCCUCUCUGUGUCUGCCUGUCUGUCUGUAGUGUGUUCCUGAGCAAAGUAGCAUAUUUUUGCAUGUCAAACACCCAAAUAUCCUUGUUCUGUGCCCGCUUGUGUGAUUGACUGUGCUUCUCCCAGUUGCCUCCUCACUCUCACUCAUUCCCUUUCAGUCUCUAAAGCUCUCCUGCCUACUGUCAUGGUAGAAGUUGCCCUUACCCACAAUCAUAACCUAAACCCUGGUCCUCGAGUGUCCAGAUAUUGCAUGAUUUAAUUCCAACUAGGCACCUCAAUUAUCUGACUACUGGUCUGGUCACCUCAUGGAAUGUUGAGGGAUUAAUAGAUCAAUAUCAAUGAUUGGCUACAUUUAACCUACAUGUCCAAUGCAAAUAAUCAAUUCCUUUUCAAUUCCAGUAAAUUCAGAAAGUAAACAAAAUUCCAAUUCCAAAUUCUCCUAAUUGAAAAUCAUGACAGAGAAUUGGAAUUUCCGUGUUCUUCCUGAAUUGACAGGUUUUGACCCCAACCCUGAGUCCAAGACCAGGAUUUGCUACCCGGGAUGAGGGACAAUUUGUUCUACCUACUCCUCUUGCUGUAAGUCUAUCUCUGUUCUCUCUGUACACAUCACAGCUUUCCUAAAAAAUAAAAUAAAAGAUUGAGCACUUUAACUCUAUGGCUAGCUCUGUCUGAAUGUCUGUAGAUGUUGAGUUGUAGUUAUGCAAGAAUUCCAAUAAAGUUUGUUGUAUGA